AUGGUGGCGGCGAAAAUGGAGAAAUCGCCGGCGGAUCUACUGGCAUCCCCCGGGGUCAGCUCCCUGCUGAAAUCGUUCAAACUAAAAACGAAGCAGCAGGAGCUCUUGAUCCGCGUCACGAUCCUCGGGCUGAUUUACGUGCUCGCAUUCAUCACGCGUUUGUUCAGCGUCUUGCGCUAUGAGAGCAUGAUCCACGAGUUUGACCCCUACUUCAACUACCGGGUCACUCAGUAUUUGACUCAGAAAGGGUUUUACGAGUUCUGGAACUGGUUUGAUUCGGAGAGCUGGUACCCUCUUGGUAGGAUUAUUGGUGGGACUCUGUACCCUGGGCUCAUGGUUACAGCUGCUUUUAUCUUCUGGACUCUACGUUUUAUAGGGUUCGCUGUCCACAUCCGAGAAGUUUGUGUGCUCCUUGCUCCUUUUUUCGCUUCCAACACUACUCUUGUUGCAUACUUCUUUGGGAAACUGUUAUGGGACUCCGGUGCUGGGCUUGUUGCAGCUGCAUUUAUUGCUAUUUGCCCUGGUUAUAUUUCGAGGUCCGUGGCGGGAUCAUACGACAAUGAGGGUGUUGCAAUAUUUGCAUUGCUUCUUACUUUCUAUUUAUUCGUCAAGGCUGUGAAUACAGGCUCACUUGCCUGGGCUCUGGCCUCAGCUUUUGGGUACUUCUACAUGGUUUCAGCAUGGGGUGGUUAUGUCUUCAUUAUUAAUCUGAUUCCGUUAUAUGUGAUGGUUCUGUUGAUUACUGGGAGAUACUCAAUGAGGUUAUAUGUGGCUUAUAAUUCCAUGUAUGUUCUGGGAAUGUUGCUAGCAAUGCAGAUUCGUUUUGUUGGCUUCCAACAUGUGCAGUCUGGCGAACACAUGGCAGCUAUGGGUGUGUUCUUCUUGUUGCAGGUGUUUUACUUUUUGGAUUGGGUCAAGUAUCUGUUAAAUGAUCCAAAGAAGUUCCACACAUUCCUGAAAGUCACAGUUACCAGUGCAGUAGGUUUGGGUGCCAUAGCGCUAGGAGUUGGCACUGCAUCGGGGUAUAUUUCUCCAUGGACUGGUCGAUUUUAUUCUCUCCUCGAUCCAACUUAUGCGAAGGAUCAUAUCCCCAUAAUUGCAUCCGUUUCUGAGCAUCAACCAACAGCAUGGUCAUCAUUCAUGUUUGAUUAUCAUAUUCUGCUAAUUCUUUUCCCAGCUGGUUUAUAUUUCUGCUUCAAGCGUUUGUCAGAUGCCACAAUAUUCAUAGCGAUGUAUGGUCUCACUAGCAUGUACUUUGCUGGAGUCAUGGUGCGCUUGAUACUUGUUGCUACACCUGCCGUAUGCCUUAUUAGCGCUAUUGCAGUCUCAGCAACUAUAAAAAGUUUAACUCAGCUUGUCAGGGCAAAGAGCAAAUUUGUGUCUGUUGUUUCUGGUAAAGGAGCAACUAGUGCCAAAGCAUCUUCUAAGGGCUCAGUGGAUCAGUCCCCGCCAUUCCAAAGAGAUGGGGCUAUUGCUUUGCUUCUUGGUUUUUUUUACCUACUUAGCAGAUAUGCCAUUCACUGCACUUGGGUUACAUCAGAAGCAUAUUCAUCUCCAUCAAUCGUUUUAGCAGCCAGGGGUGCUCAUGGUAACAGGGUUAUUUUUGAUGAUUAUCGUGAGGCUUAUUUUUGGCUGAGGCAGAACACUCCUCCAGAAGCCAAGGUGAUGUCAUGGUGGGAUUAUGGUUAUCAGAUUACUGCAAUGGGGAACAGAACUGUUAUUGUAGACAAUAACACUUGGAAUAACACACAUAUAGCUACUGUCGGACGUGCUAUGUCAUCCUAUGAGGACGAAGCAUAUGAGAUAAUAAGAUCAUUGGAUGUUGAUUAUGUAUUAGUGGUUUUUGGAGGUGUAACUGGUUAUUCUUCUGAUGAUAUCAACAAAUUUUUGUGGAUGGUGAGAAUUGGAGGUGGAGUUUUCCCUGUAAUUAAGGAACCCGACUAUCUUGUUAAUGGGGAGUACCGCAUUGACAAAGGCGCAGCUCCGAAGAUGUUAAACUGUUUAAUGUAUAAACUAUCUUACUACCGAUUUGGUGAACUGACAACAGAAUAUGGGAAGCCUCCUGGGUACGACAGGGCUCGGGGGGUCGAAAUUGGAAAUAAAGACAUAAAAUUAGAACAUUUGGAGGAGGCAUUCACGACAUCAAACUGGAUUGUGAGGAUUUAUAAGGUGAAACCGCCCAACAAUAGGAGGUCGACGAAAACCCUAGUCGCCGCCCCAUCCGAGCCCUCCAACACAACCCAAAACCCUAGCUGCCGCCGCCCCUGUCCCAAUCUGAGCCCUCCUCAAGCACAACUGCAAGCCGCAGCUCUCCGACGAGAUCCCCCGCGUCGUGUUCAACACCUCCGGCAAAGGCGACAAGACCAACACCACCGCCAAGAUCGGCCUCUUCUCGCGCGCCUCGGCUUCUUUGUCGUCGCCAUAGACAUCGGCCUCCGCAACCUCGACCUCCUCCUCAGCCUCGAGAACCGCAUCAAAUACACCGUCUUCGAGGUUCUCAGUAGCGAUGAGCCAAGACUUGGAGAAGAAGAAGUUGGACUAGGAGAAUUGGGGCUUUCUUCUUCGAUUUCCCCAAUUUCAGCUCGCCGACGAGGCAACCGUGACGGAUUCGUUCAGCCGAACAAUAUGUGGUCGAGGUAUUUAUCGUCGGGCCCGAAAUCUGAAUUCUUGAGGACACCGGAGUGCAGGAUGUCGGGCAGACGGAAAAGGGUGCAGAUGUUCUUGAUUCAUUUGGUUUUCUUUGUUUUUUUAACUCGAAAGAUUAUAAAAGGUGAAAAACAAAAAUCGAUGAUGUUCAAAUUAUGUAUAGAUCUUACAGAUUGUAAUGUUGCAGAUAAGAAGGCAGUCUGGAUAGUUCUUACAAAUCAUCACAUAAAAUAA